UGUAUGUCAAUCUCCUUCUUUCCACUUUGCAGACGGUGCCAAUCUUCAGUUGAGACAAGAAAAGAUAAGCACAACAUCAUCAGGAACAUUUGACGAACUCGUGAAAUUAAUGGAUCAAAAGAUAAAAAUAUCUGAGGAGAAAAUGGAGAAAAAGGUCGAAAAACAACUAAAUGAAUUAAACGAGCGCAUAAAAGAACUUUCUGCCGAGUGCAAUGAACUGAAGAAAGAAUUGGAAGAGAAGAACAGAGCAUUGGAAAGAAGCAGACGAGACCAAGAAAUUCUUCAACAGCAGUUGAAUCAGAAGACGGUAGAAUUAGAAGCAGCGGUAUUAGAAAAGCAAAGAUUCGCGUCAGCAAUAAAUAAAAUUAGGGGACAAUUAGAUGUCAGCGCUGAAAAAGGCAUGUCCAUGAGCAACACCAAUCUUAAAAGUGCACAAAUAAUGAAAGAAUAGUAGUUUUGUAUUCUAUACCCUAACUACCACCAACAUCAUCAACACUAUCAAAUUGACUUUGCAGCUUGUAUGAUGACACCGGGAACUGUAUACUCAAGUCAGGUUAUAUUUCCCGAUGCCGUUCUUGAAAUCAGCAAGAAAACAGAAUAACAUUUGAUUGAUAGUUAUUUCAAAGUUGAGUUUAACAUUUACAAAGUUUAUAAGUGCAUCGUCGUCGAAUGGAAGUUGUCAGUUGAGAUGAAAAUUUUACAACAACAGUUGAACUACCAAUAUUUGAUUCUUCCUGAUGAAAUGGUUGCCAAUUAUACUUUGAAAUAACGUAUUAGCUUUAUGUUUUCGUUUUUUUUUCGAUGGCUCCAUCUCUGCGAUUUUGACAGAAUUUUAAAGCAAUUUUUUCUCGGAAACGGUGAAGCUGCAUUAUUAUUUGAAUUAUUAUAUUUUCUAUAGUUUUACUUCAAUGUAUUCUUACUACAUUGGGUCUAAAGUAACAGUCAGUGCUGCCGAAUUUUUAGUUGUUCUCUCGAGUUUUGUUAUUUUCGAAGUUACAAGGAAAAGGGAAGUAAUUGGUGCCGUCAUUGGCAAAAUUUCCGAUACUUCGUGUUUUAAUGAAAUGAUACAGAAACAAAAUUGUGAAUUAUUUGUUCAGGAACCGAAGGGGCGGGGUAAAAGGUUGUCAAGUUGACUGAAAUUUCCAAAAAACUUCUCAACCAAGAUCAGAAUGUAUUCUUCAUAGGUGGAAGGUUUCUUAGAUGCUUUAACAAAAUUGUGAUUUUCAUAAUCCUUGGAUUUCUAGGUUACUCCUGGGAGGGGUAAACUUGAUAUAUAGUUUACAAAAUGUAUAUAGGGAAUGGAAUGGAAACAAUUCAAACUUGGUUAGAUAAUCAGUAUGAAAUGACGGUUUGAAUGUAUACACAUAUUGACUCCACCUUGCUGACACCCAUGGGAGUGAACUACUUAAUAUAUUGGUACAUUGAAUUGCGAGCUGUCGAGUUUUAUGUGGUUCUUGCUUGGGCAGGGGUAUAAGCAUGAAGGUUUUUCUAGAAGGUUUGUAAAUACUCAGAAACGUGACCAUGUUAUUUUAGCACUUACCGAUAUGUGAUUUUGAUGACAGGAACAUUGUUAAUCUUUAUUUAAACAUUGUCAAUACUUUGAUGUUUAUUUAAUUAUAUUAUCUGUUUACAAUACCUUUCUUCAUAACAAAAUAUGUUUUACUUAUCGAAUCUUAUUUCAGUAUUGUUGAUUUGAAUGCACGCAGCAACAUAGUGCAGUGCAUGUAAAACAAUGACAAAAAAACUAAUUCUACAUGUAGCUUAUCUUCUUACUGUUGUGAUAUUUCUUAUUGUCCAAAUGAAGUAAUUCAUAUCAAUUAUGUGUAUUUCAAUCAAGUGCUCAUACAGA